GAAUUGGUUGAGUCUUAUUUUUAUUAUUGUCAAAAAAUUCAAUUUUUUUCAUGUGAUUUUUACUCUAAUUUAAAUUUUUGGAAUAUUCGCGAAAAUUGACAUUGUAAUAAUGUCCACUCACAAAAAUAUUAAACCAUCUUCGGUGCAAUCAUUACGGCCACUUGGUGCUGUUCCCGUAAAAAAUGAAAAAGGUGAAAUUACUAUGCAAAAAGUUAAAGUUCAACGAUAUGUUUCAGGACGUAAACCAAAAUAUACCGAAGAAUCGGGUUCAUCCGACAAUGGAUCAGAUAAUUAUUCAUCUGAAGAUGAGCUAAAUAAUCAAAAUCGUAAGAUCUUACCAAGCCUAAAUCGUCAUCAAAAUCAUAGUUCAAUGGCUUUCACAUUGUCCAGUAACAAAAAUAAGCAAAGCGAUGAUGAGGAUGAAAAAGAUGACGAUAACGACGACGACGAUGAUGAUGAUGAUGAUAUACGUUUACGAAUUCGUAAGAAUCGCGAAAAGAAAUCAAUUAUCGACCAAGAAAAAUUAAAUGACGAUCCUCGAAUGCGUCGUUUAAGGCAAUUUCGAGAAGAAACAAGCAAAGAAAGUUCGCGUCCUACAAUCCAACCACAGAUUAUCAAAAGUGGUCAAAUGAGUGAUCAGGACGAAUCUGAUCCUGAAUUGAAACAAGAUGAAGACGGUGACGUUAUUAGACGUCGUCAUCGACUUCGGGAAGUAAUCGAUGCUGAAGAAGAUGACGAAGACAAUGUCGAUGAAAAUAUUGAACGUCGUCAUGAAUUAUUGAAACAAAGGAUGCGUAAAUUAGAAUUAGAAACCGCACAAGAUGAAGCUUUUAGUGAUGACGACAACGAUGAUGAAGACGAUGAUGAUGAAGAAGAAUCAGAAUAUGAAUCCGAAUAUUCGGAAGAUGAAGCAAUGCCUCGAUUAAAACCGAUUUUCGUUUCGAAAAAAGAUAGAAUAACCAUCACUGAAAAAGAGGAACAAGAACGAAAACGAAUCGAAGCAGCGGAAUUGGAAGCCAAAAUUGCACUGGAAGAACGUCGCCGAUCAACAUUAAAAAUGAUUGAAGAAGAUCGCCGCCGUGAAGAAGAAGAACGAGAAAAGAACAAGGCCGCAGCCGAAGAAGAAGCCAUCAUCAAAGGAAUAGCUUCGGUCGUCACUGAUGAUGAAGACGAUGAAACAGCAUUCGAAUUAUGGAAAGUUCGUGAAUUAAGACGAAUCAAACGAGAAAAAGAAGAGGAAGAACAACGAGAAAGAGAACGACGUGAAAUUGAACGAUUAAGAAACAUGACCGAAGAAGAACGACAAGAAGAAUUGAAAAAGAAUCCACGUGUUGUUACUAAUCAACAGCAAAAGGGAAAAUAUAAAUUUCUUCAAAAGUAUUAUCAUCGUGGUGCAUUCUAUUUGGACGAAGAAGAUAAAGUAUUCAAACGAGAUUUUGCACAGCCAACGUUGGAAGAUCAUUUUGAUAAAUCCGUAUUGCCAUCAGUAAUGCAGGUGAAAAAUUUCGGUCGUGCUGGUCGUACAAAAUAUACACAUCUAACCGAUGUGGAUACGACUGCAUUUGAUUCUGCUUGGUCAGCUAAAGAUAAUGUUCAUGCCAUACAAUUCCAUCAAUCGCAUGGUGGUGGAAUGAAACAAGCAUUCGAUAGACCGGGAAAACGAAAAAAAUGAGAAUUGAAAAAAGUAUAAUUUCCUAACGGAAUUGAUUGCCCAUUUUCUAAUAAUGAAACGGUUUUGGUUUCAAAAUCUACCGAAAAUUUUCCUUCACAGUCAAUGGGCAUUAAAAUGUGGUUAAAAGUUUCAACAGAUGGAA